AUGUUGAUUCGCAGACGCGUUUUCUCUAUUACUCCGUCGACAACAAGUCUUCCAUCUAUCUCCUUCGUUUUUAUUUCUACCCCAUUUUUUUCUCAGAAACCCCAUUUAUCACAGGGAUCAUCGACCAUUCAGUUGUCACGAAGAUUAAGGGGUCUGCUCAUCAUCGUAGUUUUGAUCGUUCUGCCCCGACAAUCGUAUGCGUUAUCCCCGCUCUAUUCUUUCAGACACCUGUAUGAACAAAGCAACGUUUCUCCUUCUCCUAGCCCUUCUAAUGGUGUAGGCCUAGCUUCUGGUGGAUCAAAUUUCCAGCAAUCUUGUAACAGGGCAUCUAGAAGCUGCCAGCUUAAGAACAUAGCUUCCUGCUUGACUUAUUCUCAAAGUGGCCCUGAUGAAGAAAUAUGGCUAUAUAUACAGAACAAUGACAAAAACCCUUUGCAUGUGAAAAUUAUGAUCCUUCCUUCAAACAACACGAUUGAUGAGAUAGAUUUACCAAUCCACCAAAUGAACAGGAUCAAGAUUUCUCGAGAUAUAUUUGAUUCAAAUGCUGCAAUAGCAUUGAAUACAAGUGUAGGGGAUUGUGUAAUACAUGCUGCAGCUCCACCACCCGAAGCCAAUUACCAGAAAUACCCUUACUCAUAUAGCAUCUACAUAACCCCAAUCAACGGGGCAUACUUUGUAAUUCUGAUAUUUAUCAUUGGAGGGACUUUGACUUUUGUCAAAUCAAGAAUCCAUAACAGCAGGCAUAAUGAUGGGGUUCCAUACCAUGAACUUGAAAUGGAAAAUUCAAAAGCCCUUUCAUCAUUAGACAUGGAGGAAAAUGGAACAGGAAAUUGGGAUGAAGAUUGGGAUGAUGAUGCUUGGGGUGACAAAAAACCGGUCAAAUCUGGUGGUCAAAAUCCCAUCAAAGUGGAACAAUUGAAUACAAAAUUCCCGAAGUCUAAUGGAAGGAGAAAGGAAUGGGAUGAUUAGUAUUUUGAAUGGAUUUUUUUUUUUGCAAAAAUGUAGAAUGAUUAUUAGUGUUUUUAAAUGUUAUAAUCUUUUAUAAAUAUAAAAGGUGUAUACUAGAUGUUAAAGGAUUUGGUUACUAAAUUUUGUUCUCAAUUUUGAUACAUGUAAGAGAU